CAAUAAUGUACUCACACUACAUUGAUCUUAAUUUCUUAAUUAAGGUUUACAAAAAAAUGGUUUGUAAGGUUUUCAUUCUUCUCUUAUUACUCACGGUUGCUCUUGUUCCCAUCUUUUCAGAUGCAGCAGCCAGAGACCUUGUUGAGACUUCCCCUAUAAAUCAAAAAGCUGAAAAAAAUGAGAACAGAAAUGUGGAGGACCAAAAAUCUAUCAUUAUUCAUGGUGGUGCCUCUGAAAUUCUACCUCAUGAGGGGGGAUAUCCAGGUGGAGUGAUUCCGGGCCCAGGUGGAGUGAUUCCAGGCCCAGGAGGUUAUCCAGGUGGAGUGAUUCCAGGCCCGGGAGGUUAUCCAGGUGGAGUGCCUCCUGGCCCAGGGGGUCAUCCAGGUGGAGUGAUUCCGGGCCCAGGAAGUUAUCCAGGUGGAGUGAUUCCGGGCCCAGGAAGUUAUCCAGGUGGAGUGAUUCCGGGCCCGGGGUAUCCUUAUUAUCCAGGUGGUAUGAUUCCAGGUCCUGGGGGUUAUCCUUAUCCAGGUGGAGUUAUUCCGGGUGCAGGAGUUUAUCCAGGGGGAGGAUAUUAUCCCGGGGGCAUAUUUGGGUUUAAUAAUUGUUACUAUGGGUGCUGCAGGGUUAGCUACGAUGGGUUAGGCUGUGAAAGGUGUUGCGGUUCCUAUGCUGAAGCCAUUCAUGCUAACAACAACUGAUCACCCAGAAAUCAACAUAUCAAAAUCAUCAUCAUAUACAUAUAUAUGUUUCAAUAAUUAACCAAUAAGCCUAGCUAUAUGAGAAUACCAUCACAAUGUGAUUUAUAUGAAAGCUAGCUUAAUUGCUUAUUAUACUAUAUUUAGAUCAAUGUACUGUUGAAGUGUUUUGUUCAUUGUUCAAUAAUAAUAUUAAAAAAAGUAUUUAUAUUA